CUCCUUUCAUUUCCCUGACCUGCACCUUGCUCUUGUGCACUUGUCUCUGUUCUAUGCUCCUCCCUGUAAUCAGAUGAGCCUUAAUCUUAUCUCCCUCCUCCUGUUAUACUAUCUUGUUCCCUGCCACACAGAGAGAAGAGGGUGGGAGAGGAGGCACAGUGGCCACCUGUGGAAGCGCUCAGCCUGAGACUCACUCCCCGCCUGCCAUACAGAACACCCUCAGGAACAUUGCUCCAGCUGUCACACUGAGUAUUCCUGUUUCAGUGGGAAAUUUCCUUCUUACUGGCUCUAUUGUCUCAUCAAUAAAACUUCAAGGUGCUUAGCAACUGUAUUCCAUCAUGGCAAGCGGCAGCCAUAAACUUUCUACUCAGUCCUGCCAAGAAGCAUUACAUUUAAUUUGCCAUGAAAAGACUAACUCUGGCUGCCAUUCCCUGUCAAAAAGCUCCUCCAUGAUGCCCUGCAGUGGUCCUGGAUGCCUACAGAGGAAACCAGAAACACAUAAAAGCCUUAAUAGCAUUCUCUGUGUGUCCAAGUGUAAUGAGAACAGCAUGCAGCAUUCACAUAGCUCAGAGUGGUCUCCCACACAGGAUACUGUUCCUGAUCGGAGUCUGGUGAAAUCAGACUGUAAUCAUCUUUCUGUGGAUUACGUAGACGGGAGGAUUCAGCACAGGAAUCACUAUCGGUCUGCUGAUUCAUCUCUAGCCACAGCAGCAGAGCAGGAGGUGCCAAGCAAUAUUGUCAGGUGCAAUGUAUCUGAAAACAUUUCAUCUCUAGGUCACUCUGAAACAUCAGUACGUGAAGCUGAAACUUUGGACACACUGGAUACACCUAUGAUUGUCCACAAGAGUUAUUCAGAUUACUUCUGCAGUAGUAGGAACUCAAUCACUGGACAUCACAGACACAGUGCCAUUUAUUCAAAUCUGUCUCCUGCCAGUAGUAUCAGUAGUAUUCUACCAGAGUCCGGUAGUGAUGGGGCCUCUUCUCUGAGUAAUGUUACCCAGGACUCCAUAAUACAUCUGUCUCCAUCAAAUGUUCUAAACAACUUAGCCGAUGUCAUGUCUUCAGUCAGAGAGAUGAGUGUUCCAUUGUGUCAUUUGGACAGUGGCACAAUUCAGCACAACAUCACAGUGUAUGCAGUGCCAGGAACAUAUCAACAUGGAGUAUUGGGACCAAGGAACUCUGGGAAUGGUUUCCCAAAUAAUGGACGCAUGUAUAGCAUUCCAGGUGUUAUAUCUUGUGAUAAUGUCUCCGACACUAAGCUCUUGCCACCAGCAAUGGCUAUCCAAAACAGCUGUUCCAUGCAUUGCUGUAAGGGUCAUGAACCUCUGAUGAAAGUGGAUGAUACCAUUGCUGCAUAUUGCCAUUCCUUACCGAUACCAUCUGUUCAGUUCUCAUCUGCACUGGUGCACUCCGUUGGUGACCCAGUGUCAGGGCAUGCUCAGUCACCACUUUGCUCCUACUUGGCACCUUCUGAUAAAUUUGCCUUUCCAAAAUUAGUGUCAUCUGUUAGUGAAUCUGGACUGGAUGCUAAGAAGCUUAUAAAGUGUGGCCGACUUGCCUUUCCACAGCCACCUGACCCACUUGGAUAUGAUUUGCCAAAAAAUACUUCAGUACAGGAUAACACCAAUCUACUACUUAAAACCAUUGAAACUUUACCGGAUAACUUGGAAAUUCCAGAUUCAAGUUCAAAGAUGAAAGACACUUGGACAAUGACAUCUAUGAACUAUUUAUCUGAGGAACGCAAAAUCCCACUCAACUGCAAAGAUGCAGAAGUACAAACUAUAAUUAUCAUGGAAAACAAAGCUGUCUCUACUGUUCCUUGUCUUCAGACAGCAGCCCACUCUUACCUGUCUCCUGAUGUUGGGGUAGCAUUUACCCUCCAACCUCCCCAGUCACCAGUACGCGAGGUAAGGUGGGAUCAGGAAGGAAUGACAUGGGAGGUAUAUGGAGCUGCAGUUGAUCCGGAAGUUCUUGGUUUAGCCAUACAGAAGCAUUUAGAGAUCCAGAUAGAACAGCACUUGCAGUCUUCUGAACUGUCAGGUGAAAUGGAACAGUCAACUAAAGAGAAAAGGCGGUCACUCAGAACAGUCAUGCAAUCUCUGAGACAAUCUAACUGUUGUGGGCGCACCAACUCUACACCUGAGUGACAUCGGAGAAUAGAGCUCUCGAGCACUGUCAUCACUUUCAAUACUGCACUGUAUUUUCACAGCAGCACUUACACUGUUUUCUAUUACUUGAAAAUAAAUCUGAUGCCAUUAAUGUUAAUACAAAAUUUGAUGUAUAAAAUGACAGUGUUGGGCAUCCAUGGUAGUGCUACCAUGUCAUUGCAAAAGAUUUUGUGUCAAUAUAACACCACCUGUUUAAAACAUAACUCCACAAACUUUGGGGCCCAUUUAUCAAGCCUUGAAGAAUGAUAAAUAGCACGGUGAUAAAAAUACCAGCCAAUCAGCUCCUGACUGUCAUGUUACAGGCUGGGUUUGAAAAAUGACAGGAGCUGAUUGGUUGGCACCAUGCUAUUUAUCACUCUCUAAUGCUUGAUAAAUCUGGGCACUAGUCUAUAAUUUCACCCAUUCGUUCAUUCCUGUGUGUGAUGCUGCCAGAUGUAUCAUGGUGCAUUCCAUAGAAACACAUUGAUGGUCAUUUACAUUAGUCUUUAGCUGACAGCAUAAAAUGCUGUCCACAUUUUUACGGUACAUAAAUGAAGAUGUGUAAUAAAGAUAACAGAAUCAUUAGAAGUCCUUCCUGUCCAGGGGAUGACAUUCACCCAAUUGACAGCUCAUUCACCAGUUUCUGAUCACAGUGGUGAACAAGGUGUUUUUACUGAGCACACUCCCGACUGCUAGAGAGGGGUCCGUGCGACUGCUCCCCAGUAAUACUGUGGACUUUAGGCUACAGUGGCUAAUUCCAUCUAAAGAUGGCAUUAGCCGAUGGGGAUCAAAAAGCAGAACCAAAACAGUAAGCUCAUUUUAGGUUCCAUAUUUCUCUUUUGAAAAUUGUGUGCAUUUUGAGCUAUUUUGCCUGUCAAAUCUGAAAAAAAAAAAUUUAAUUAAAAAUGACAAAAAACUGACCACCUCCUCUCCAUUUUCUGAAAGUCUAGCCUACUCAGCAUCGAGCUCGAUCCUCUAUGAAGAAGUAAAAAUAAUUACUGGACCCUGUACUUACAGAAUAUCAUCCAAAUGCUGUGUAACAUGGAGCAACUCUUUGGUUCACUGGCUGUUAGGUACCAGGAUAAUAAUGUAAAAAUGUAGUGAAAACCUUUGUGGUACUGCAAGUGCCAGCAUGCACUGACUGCCCAUACAUGAGUAUUCAAUACUACUGCUGCUUCUAGAAUAGCAUGCAUACGGGCAAAAGUACUACGAGCACUGCCAAAAGAUAGUACUAUAUAUGUUGCCACCUUCAUGAAAAAUAUUAUCAUAAACAGGUUAUUGGCCCCAGUGUAAAAAAAAAUAAUAGUACUGCUCCUAAUAGAAAUCUAAUUACAAUGAUCUCAUUAGAAUGCAGAAUCCUUGGCGGGGAAAAAAUGUACUAGCAUGCAGCAAGGGUAUGUGGUUAGCAUACUGAUAGUCAGGAUCCCGGUGGUCACAAUACAGACACCGGGACCCCAUCAGGGGCACCAUACUGCUGCCGGUAUACCGGCGAGGUAAGCGAUUCUCCCUGUAUGGGUGUCCACGACACCAGCACCACCGAGCCCAAUGCCUGUAUACGGACAUUCGGCAUCCCAAGCGAUGGUAAAGCAUACCGAACCCGCAGCAAGGCUCACGUGUUUCCACAUGAUUUUACCAUCUGGUUUGGCCUGAACCACAUGUGGGUUAGUAGUUUGCAAACCAUCACACAUUGGGCCUGAGACAUAAUGCAAACCCUAUGGUUUGCAUAUUAAUACGAUGUUUGGGAGUCUGUGCAGGUGCAAGAACCGAUCUGUGCAUAUGUAGAAAAGGUCUUGUGAUGUCACUCGCGCCCUCCUGUCAGCUGCGGUAUGAUUGACAUGCUGAGCCAUUUGGGAGGGCGGAGUAGGUGCAGCACCCAGCCCCAUUCUUCAAAUGGAUGCAGACUUCCUGGACCCUGGUGUGCGGAUCCUACGACCAGCCUGAGUAAGCUUCAGCUUGCACAGGCUCGCCAGUACCUGUAACCAUUGUGAAACAUUGAUCCAAGGCUGCAUUCUCAAAUGCAGCACUCGGAUCCUCACUAAUGCUAACAGGAGGUGUUUAUCUCUUAUAGAUGCCUCAUGCGGCAUUAGAAUUUUAAUUAGAUGGAAUUGCACAGCAUCUUCCUUGUGGCUUUGCAAUUCCAUACCAGCAUGAAUUGGGCCCCUUGCAUGCAGUUGAUGUUUUCAGCCUUUAAACCACUGGAUAGCAAAUCCUGGUUCUGAAAAUGGCAUGCAAUAUGUGAUGGUUUACAUACAGCAUUCUUAAACACACUUUAUUAAAUAUCCCCUUAGUGCUUGAAAAACACACCAUAUGUUCCUUAUAGAUGGAGAAAUCAUUGCUGGGCUCUAGAUUUGAUCUUUAAUACGACUUGUAAAAAUGUUAUUUCAAAGGAAUAUACAGUAUAUAUAUGUCACAUUACAUAUAGACGGUCUAACUUAAAUGCAGAUUAAAAAAAUAUCUGGAGGCUUCUUUAAUAAAUUGAAUAAUACAAAAAGAAGUAAUUAUUACAGAUUCUUGCAUUUAAUUUUAAACUGGUUCAUGACAAGUUCACUGAAUCAGCCUAGACAUUUGUAAAUUCACAAUAAAUUCUAUAUUGAAUGUGAGUUAACAUUGAGCAAUAAGAACAAGUGUGAUCAUGACCUUGUCAAUUCAUAGAUUUCAACUUGGUUGAGCCUAAAUGCUUAAAUGUAUGUAGUAUUUUUAAUGGGUUUGCAUGCUAAUAUCAAACUUGAACUUUAACCUUGACCGCAGUAUUGUGUAGCCAUUUUGCUUGUUGAGCUUGAAUUACAUAUUACAGUUUUAUUAUAAUGUAUUUUGUUUUACCUCAGAGCUGUGUACUCGACAUUUAAAAUAAACUUGGAACUCAGAGAUUGAAUACAUUAACCCAAUUUUAACUAUACGCAAGUUUGAUGGGCUUGAUCUGGUCAAAAUUAAUUGAAGGUUGAAUCAGCAACAAGUCAAGAAUUUCUAUUAAGGACAAAAGACAGAACACUAGUCUAGGUGGAGUUUGUUUAUCAAAAUGAACAUUGUCAUCAUCGUCAUCAUCCAUAUCAAAAUUGUGCAAAAUUUAAUAUUUUUAUUUGACAGCUAUUUGAGAGGGGUAGAAGUGUACAUUUUGCACAAAAGUCAAAAUUUUUACUAUAUUAUUGCUAUAAUAAAUACU